AUGGAUAGUCGAGGUAUACCCAUUGUCAUUCCAGCAAAGAAAUGCAACACCACACCCAAAAGAAUCACGACGCCCAAGCGAUACGAUACACCAUUGUCUCCCUUCUUUGUACGUAGUGUGAAGAACGAAUUUUCGCUGCUGGAUGCCUACGAUGACUUUUACGAUUUUCGCUUCUCCAGUCGAUACCAUCCAACAAGCGACGAUAUGCGACACAAUGUGCGUGAUCUGUAUAAAAGCAACAUGUUUACCGAAAUUAGCUCCCCAAGGCCAUCGAAACGAAUGCGGUCCUCAUUCUUUAUGGAUUCUGACAUCAUGGAUGAAGAGCAGACUGAAUUACCACAUCUCGAAGCAUCCAAGAAACCAAAAGAUAUCACUGUAUCUUCACCUAUGGAAGCCAUGACUCCGUUAGCAGACGAUGCAUUAGAUACACUCCAUGAAUCUCAGCCUGAUCUCGAUAUCCACACACAAAUCGCUGCUAUUGCUACUAUACCCAGAACAACCAGAAGAUCGAAGCAUGUACAGGAGGAGUCUUUGGUGGAUCCAAGUCAACAGCAGGAACAGACUGUGACACCAAAAUCCGUUUUAAAAUAUCAGAACCAAGUCAAAAAGGCACACCAAACACCUUUACCUUCUGACAAUUCUGUGAAUGAGAUGCCUACUAGACAAAAAUCAGCUGCAUUGAAACAACCGCCGGCAGUGAAGCCGCCUGCCAAACCAACACAUGUACAGCAGCAACAGCAAGCCCCUACCGCAUCGCCUCAAAGAUUAACUCGACGUCAGGCAAGGUUGAUUGAGGAGAAUGGCGGUAGACCUGAGUUUGCUGUGCCAGAAGCACUACCACCACCACCAUCAAAACGGAAAGGCAGAGUACCCAAACGCAAGCAGCCUGCACCAAAACAAGAGGAAACCAUUGAAAUACCUCAAGAGAGACAGCCUUUGGAGAAAGCAAUUGUGCAGCAAGUGCCACCUGUGAAGAGUAACUCUGAACAAGCAAUUGUUGAGCAACAACAAGAACCUCAGCAAGUCGUCAAUGCAGAGAAUGGGUUAGAUGUGGAUAUACAUGUAGAUGACGCACCUGAAGAAGAAGAAGCAGCAGUAGUAGUGAUUGAAGAAAAACAAGAGCAAAAGCUUCAACAAGUCGUCAAUGCAGAGGAUGUGGCAGAUGUAGACAUGCAUGUAGAUGACGUACCUGAAGAAGAAGAAGAAGCAGUAGCAAUAGUGAUUAAAGAAAAACAAGAACAAAAGCCUCAACAAGUUGUCAAUGCAGAGAAUAUCGCAGAUGUGGCAGAUGUGGGCAUGAAUGUAGAUGACGCACCUGAAGAAGAAGAAGCAGCAGCAGUAGUGAUUAAAGAAAAACAAGAGCAAAAGCUGCAACAAGUCGUCAAUGCAGAGGAUGUGGCAGAUGUAGACAUGCAUGUAGAUGACGUACCUGAAGAAGAAGAAGCAGUAGCAGUAGUGAUUAAAGAAAAACAAGAGCAAGAAGCAGAAUCCAUCAAGGCCGAGAAAAGCGAAAAGGAGCUGCAAGAAGAAAAGCUGCGAGCCUACAGAAAGAAAAAAAGCGAUGCAGAAAUUAGAAAAAUCCUGGAAGAAUUUCCUCAAAUAGCACAGUAUUAUCAAUUGAUUGAGAGAGCUGGUUCAGGCACCUUUAGUCGAGUUUAUAAGGCCAAGGAUCUGUUAGUCGAUGAAUACAUGCCAUCAAGUCAGGCAAAGAGGGUAUCGGACGCACUGGGAGAAGAUGACGCAGAUGCAAACUAUGUUGCCAUCAAGUUGAUUUUCGACAUUAGUACACCCGAGCGUGUGGCGAAUGAAAUUCGAUGUUUGUCCAUGUUAGAAGACUCUCCUGGUGUGACGCCAUUGAUCACUGCAUUUCGCCAUGAAGGCUUGACAUUUGUGGUUCUUCCUUAUAUUCAGUUUGAUCACUUUGAUGACUUUUACAGAGACAUGACAGCGGACGAUGUGAAAAGCUACAUUUCUGAAUUAUUGAUUGGCCUCAAAAGCUUGCAUGAGAAGGGCUACAUGCAUAGAGAUGUCAAGCCUGGCAAUUUCCUGUACAAUGUCAAAUCGAAAGCCGGCUAUUUGGCUGAUUUUGGAUUAGCAAGAGCUUCUUCUCUCAAAGCCAUAAAACCACCAACAAACCCAAAAGUGAAAAAUACACAAUAUACCCAAAAGGGAGAUGAAAUUGGUUAUUAUGCCUAUGAUUCAAGAUCAUCUCUACAAGCAGACAGAUCAGGUACAAAGGGAUUCCGUGCUCCAGAAGUGAUGCUCCGAUACCGCUACCAAACCAGCGCCAUUGAUAUCUGGGCAGUUGGUGUGAUUCUAUUGACGAUUCUCAGUGGACAAUACCCUAUUUUUGAGCCUGAGGACGAUGCGAAUGGAGUCAUUGAACUAGCACACGUAUUUGGCAUGAAACAACUGAAAGAAUUUACCGAAUACUAUGGGCGUACUAUACACACAAAUAUACCCACGAUACCAGAGAACCCUGUCGAUCUGGAUUCUUUCUGUCGAGAUUUCAACAAGACAGGUGUUGAGAAAUGGGAUCCACAGGACUAUGCGUCUGCCGUUGAUCUCAUGAAGCAAUGCUUGCAGCUUAUCCAUACCAAUCGACCUACAGCAGCGGAUGCGUUGAACCAUCCAUUUUUCACGUCUAUGAAAAAGAACCAUUAG